UCUCUCUCUCUCUCUCGUGGAGAAUCUUUUAGGAAAUUUGCAGUUUUAGUGGGCCUUCUUUUUAUAUGUAUAUAUAUAUUUUCUUGCCUUUGGCAACUCUCCCUCUUGCAUAAAAAAAAAAAAAAAAAGAUAGAUGUGUGGGCUACGCAUGUAUGUAUGUCGGUUCCCUACUUGAUGAGACAGUUUUCGUAUUUGUAUUUCUAACAAAAAUCACAUGUCAUCUUUUUUUUUCUUGUUAACUACCAUUGGCUAGAGCUUCAUUUGAUGAAAAACAUGAUGGCAGUUCCAGUUCAUGAAACUCACAUUUCAGCCAUGCCCUGGCAGUAAACACUCGAUUUCCCUCCUCAGCUGUCCUAGCAAAAUGCAAUGUAGCCUAUGGCCCAGUUGACUUUUUACAUCUCCGCAAAGUUAUAGUUUGGUUGGGAAUAUUGUAAAAAUAAUAGUAUAGUGUAUUUCUCGGUUCAUGGCUAAGAUGAUACUUUCCGUAAAAACAACGGGACCAAGAAUGUGAUUGUAAAGUGAACAACAAGCCUAACACCGUGACCCCGUGCAAAAGUCACUGGUCUCUAUCAAACUGAACUCUUUCCCUGCAAGAAUAGGGAUCAAAACAUCUUCAAGUUGUAUUUGUCACAGAAUACUUGUGUGUGCUUGGUGAGCAAUCAUGAACAAGUUAGUCAUUGGAUCUGUUAUGUGUGGCACUUCUUGCUUUGGCUGGAUGGGACUUUUCUAUCUUUCCAACUACUUGCUCACUCGCUACUUCAGAGCCAAGAAAUGGAACAUCUCUAUGCACCACACAAUGAAUAUGAGUGAAGCCAUUGUGUCCAGCAUACAGGCUUUUGUGUCCACUGUUUGUGGAUUUGUGGUGGUGAUUGCUUGCAGGCAUGAUGUGAUGAGAGCUGCCCAUUCCCUUGCUUCAUGGUAUGCCUGGAUUGCAGGGAGCUACUUUAUCUAUGAUAUUAUAGCAAUGUACAAGGUACAUCUGGCAAGCUUAGCUGAAGUUCCUAAGUGUUUGUCAGGACGAGUGACCAGCUACUUGAGGAGGAGAACCUUGCUUGUCUUGCAUCAUGUUGUCGUGGCCACAGUCUUGGUGCCGGUGUUGAUCUACAGAGAUGGUACUGGGGAUUUCUUUGUUGGCUGCUUCUACUGUGUGGAGCUUAGUGGCCCCUUCACAAACAUGCGAGUAGUGUUAAGCAGACUUGGUCUCAAAACAACAAGGUGGUACGCUAUAAAUGGGAUUCUCAUGAUCAUUACAUUUGCACUGUGCCGAGUGGUCAUCUUUCCCUACAUGUACUUUGCUUAUGGAACACAAUUUGGCAUGGACAUUUUCCAAGUAAUGAAGAAAAUCCCAUUACACUGCAAUCUUGGCUCACUGAUGGUGCUCCUGCCACAGAUCCACUGGCUAAGGCUGAUGGUGCUGGGGGCACUCAAGAUAUCCCGAGGUGCUUCCCUCACCGAUGCUGAUGAAAAGAUUGAUUAAACACCAACUGUAAUGUAGUGAGAGAUUUAGAGUGCAAGGUGCUACAAAACCUAACCAAUGAGUACAAAAACUGCUUUAAAGUUGAUCCACCUUACUGAAAAGAACAGUGUCAGUAAUGCAGUGAUAUUACUAAAUCAGUGGGUGGGUAACAGGUGUAGAACUGCCAACACAACAGUUACACCUACACUCUUGAUUGUGUUGUGAUGAUAGUUAAACUCAUCCACAAAUAGUGUGCUUGUAAAUAAAUGUAGCUGUGGAAAAUAGUAAUAGGUUGGAGGAGAUUGGAAACAAAAGUCCUCUUAUGGUAACAAGAAUACAGAUGAAAAUAUUUUUAUC